GGCGUCGCCCCUCCCUCGGCCCGCACCCUGCCCCCUCCGCCCCGAGUCCACCGAAUCUCUCGUCGCCCGUCGCCGGCAAACUCGAACGACCUCUUUCCGCUAACUAACGUCGCACCGCGCCCGCCAGCCGCCGCGGAACUACGCUCGAUCGCUAAGCGACUGACUUUUCCAACUAAAUAAUAAUAACUUGAUUUCGCAUCGUGUAAAGAGAAACUUUUGAUAGUAUCCUAGCAACGUGGGAGGAUGUUUGAGAGUGCGUUGUUAUGGCGUAGGUUCUAAGAUCAACGUGGUCGGUAGUUCGGUGGUGGUGCGAGUGAUGUGGUGUGCGCGGCGGCGAGCAUGGUCGGCGCGGGGUGCGCGCGCGCCGGGCGGCGCGUAGGAUGGACUGCUGCAACUACGAGUACCGCGCGGGCGGGGGGUACGCCCCGCCCGGCUGGGAGGGCUACGCGCCGUACGCGCCGCUGUACGCGCCGUACGCGCACGGCUACUACGCGCACGCGCAUCACGACCCCUACGCACGCUACUACCGCUACGACUACCCGCACCACGCACACCAUAAUGACCAUGUCUCACCGAUGGACUACGGUGCUUACGCGACGAAAGAAGCGCGCGUGCGGCGCGCGCUGGCGCGGCGAGAUGCGCGCGCGCUGCCGUCGCAACACCUGCCUCUUGCGCCUACGCCUCCUUUAGAACAUGGGCUGAGCAAUCGCGGCUCUUCAUACUGUGAACCGCAAAUGUGGUCACAUUAUCAGAUGGGAGCGAUGAGCGGUGGCUGGGGCGGUGGCGGGUCGGGCACGUGGACAGCGCGAGGCACGUGCGCGCGUGACCUUCCACGCUACCCGCCAGACUGCCGGCCGCUCAAGGGACCCCAGCUGCAUCUCCAAAGUCAAAUGUGCGCUUCCGAAGGGCGAUCGACGCCUUACCCUGUGUAUGAAGACUCUCCGUACAGCGGGCAGAACGGGCGCAAGCAAAGUCCCGCGCCGCGCUGCGGGCCGGCUGCGGAGCGCGCGCGCGAGCGCCUCUCCGCCGAGCCCCGCCGUUCGCCGCCGCCCGAGCCCAGGCCGCCCGUAGUGCCUCUACCUGCGUUUCAGCAGGCCUUCGGCUCCACAGAAAUUGGGAAGUUUGCCGAGGCAUUCAGCCGUACGGAGGUCGUGCUCGAGGACGCCUCAGAGAGCUUCAGCUACGAGGCCUUCCCCGAGUGGGACGCUCCCGAGCCGCAGUGGUCCUCCCAACCCGCCGCGCGAGAGGUCAAAUGUGAAGACACCCUCUGAGCUGUCUUCACUCUAGUGCUAAUUUUGGGCGUAAGCCGACUAGGUAAUUAGACAAUGUUUAGUUCCACCACCUUGUUGCCAAAUGAUUAGAGAUGGAGUUCGAUUUCUUAGAACUUUAGGAUGUGAUACCAAAUUUACAAACGUGUACGAAUAAUGAAUCGGCGGGUAAAAUAGUGGUGUGUCGUUUAAUUUAUAUGAUCUAGCAUAAUGUUAUCAUUCCCUUUGACUAGUUUUAGACUCACCUUAAUGAGAUGAACAAAGUAACUUACUGAUAAAGGGAUGUAGGGAUUAAGGUACUGCAAUGCAUAGUAGAACAAAUAAAUCAUGACUAAAUGUGCCUUUAUUCGGAGAACCCGGCCCUAGCGCGCCCCCGCCCCCCGCCCGCAGCGCGCCGGCGUGGAUGACGUCAUACAAUAGCAAUUAUUGGGACCAACGUUUAGACAAAUAUACACCACCCAGUCGCGUACACGACCGAUGCACACAUGCACUCUUCAGCAACGUUGUUCUGUACUCAGCAGGAACAUUUCAACAGCAGUUAGGUUAGGCAAUGAUCAUCUCUGUACUUCUAUAAUCCUAUAGAACUAAUAUAGGAAAAUAAAAAAAGACGAAACAAUUGUAAGACAUUUAAGAUGACAACUUAUUUUGAUAUGGCGUAGAAAAUGAUCUUGAAAAUGUGUGGUCAAAAAACGUUUCAAAUAUUCGUUCUGGGCAAAUCGAAUGGAGGGGGGCUCGGGAGAUGCCGCGCGAGACUAUAAUAAACAUUCGAAAUUAUUCAGGAAAAUAUAAACAAGUCAUGUAUGUACGUAGGUAUAUUUAGGUAGUUAAAUUUGAUAAAAUUUUUGAAGAGAUUUCACACUUAUGAAUAAAAUGGCUUUUUAAUUAAACGAUUAGGGGUCCAACAACAUUCAUGUAAAGUUUCUGAUAUCAUUGCUCUUAUUUUGUCAAAAAUGUCAAAUUUUUAUUAGGAUUGAUUCCAAUAAUGCAUUAAUUAUUGAAUACGUUAAACUCUCUGUGAUAUAUUAAUUUUGUUGUGUUACUUCUAAAUUGUACGUGUUUACUGUUCAAUUGUAAUUAUAGUUCCUUUAUUAUUUGGUACGGAUUUGUUAGUUAUUUCGCACAUUUAAUUGAAAUGUUAGUAAACUUUAAAGAAAGUUUCGUAACAGUAUUGUGAUUAAGUCGUUACUUCGUUACAUAAAACUUCUGAAGUUGUUGAUUUCUAAGUUGAUAUGUGCCACUAUAGUUGGAUGUAUGAACAUGUUCUUGUAAGCUCUUUAACCGCUACCGAGUCGUAGUUUUUCGCCCUUAUUUGAACUUGCGUAAGUUUACUUAUUUUAAAAGUUCACAACGAAUGAAAAUUCGGCGUUUUGAUAAACCAGUAAUGUCAAAGGCUAUUGUGAGUAAAGUGUAGGUUUAAACUACAAUGACAGAAUCCCAUACAAAAGACAGUAGCACGUAAGCUAGGCGCCGCGCGUCGCCGGUAACCACCUUCUUCCAGUGGUCUUCGUCUAGUUAAACAAAUCUUUGUGUACCAGUAUUUUUGAUCUCUUUCGACAAAAAAAACAGCAAAAUUAAUGGAGUGCCUUACCUAUUUAAAUAUGAUAUGAAAUUAGGAUGGAUGAAUUUUAUUCUAGCAUAAUUUGAUGAAACACCAUAAUAUAAUAGCAUAAUAAAACUUCCUUGAAACCGAGUAGGUAUUUCUUUAAAUAGUAGAUAAUAUAUUGUAAUGAAUUUAAUAAAAGUUAUUUAAUAAUUAUACAUAUAAUUAAUAACAUAAAUAUGUAAUAAAAUAAUUAUGGUGUGCACUAUUAUUUGAAAGAAAAUAUAUUUACGAAAUCUAUUUGUUAUUUUGUAGAAACGUAAGUAAUUCUCUACUAACUUGAUUGCGUAUCUUAUGCUAGUAGCCUAUACCUUCCAUUUAUUUCCACUCUCUUUAGAACCGUCUAGCUAAAUACAUUGUAGUUAUGUCUAUAACUGAAUUGCAUGUGAGAAAAUCUGUGAGAACCUCAUAUUGCACUUUAAAAAAUUACGAGGCUUGUUUGAUUUACACAUUUUACUUAAAAAUAAAAUGAAAUAUUGAUGGUUUCAGUUAGUGCAACCUAAUAGCUGUUUGUGCGUUAGAUACUGAUGUUUGAAAACAAAUGUACUAUCGAACCAACUGAAUCGUGACCCACCAUAAACUCAUUUUUUCCAAACCGUCUUCAUGUAAGUAGAUCGAAAUUCGCUUGCAGAUACGGUUUUCUAGGUGACGAACUUGUUAUAAUUUUAUUAGACACUGACAUGUGUGUAGUGACAUAAUUUAGUUAGUAUUUAAAACGACCUAAGUGCAUUAUAAGCGAAAAACCUCACAGGUUUGAAAAAUUCAAACGAAUUAUCUGCCAAGUGGGUCAUGAAUCAGUUGGUUCGAUAGUAAAAAAAACGACAGACUUUUUUUUAUACGCAUAAUGCUUGUUUUAUGUUUGGUUUAUUUUAGCUUUAUUUCAAUGAAGUCCUUUUAGAAAUGCUUGAUAAAAUAUUAAUGCAAGUCUGGUAGAAAACUGCUCCCAUUACUUUGAACUCUGUAUUAAAAAAGUUUAUUAAAUCUAAAUGUAGCCUGUGCCACAUGAUGUGUAUAUACAAUAUAUACAUUUCCCUAGAUAGUCCUAUUGUUAUAUGUUUAUAUUAGGAAUGUCAUUUUUACUAUAGCGAGUGUAAAAACUUAUUGAAAUUAGGUGUUCCACAUUAGAGCUUCCUGAUCGAUUACUCCAUGAUUUGUCUACCAUCAGAGUUAGUUGUGUGUCGUUCCCAAAUAGUGUUAAAAUGUAUCUUUAUUAUAAAUAUCACAUUAAAUUUGAUGGAGCUGAUUAAUGAGCAUAUCUAAAUUUGAUUUUUUUUGCGUUGCUUUUAUAUUGUUAAAGAACCUCAAAAUAUGAUUAAGAAAAAAAUUGCAGUAUACAACAUUUUGAAUUAAUAUUGUCAUUUAUUAACGCGAUAGCUCAUGAAAUAAAAUUAUGAGCUCAUGAAAUAAAAUAAUGGAAACUGAUUAUAUCGUGUACCUAAUUAUAUUGAAAUGAUAAUAUUACGAGUAGGGAUGUAAGUAACAUCCCAUUCCGAACCUUUUAUUUGUACACGUGCACCGUGUAUGUAUUAAAUUGAAUUAUAAAUUAAUUAUACGUUAUAAGUUUCCACAUUUUAUUUCAUUUUGAAACGUGCAAUGAAAGCCUUAAUUUUAUGAAUAAUUUAACUGAAAAAGGUUAAAUAAUUUAAAGCAACUUUUUUGCUAAAACGACUUUGUAGGCAUUAUUUGUUUCGAAAUUACGACAGGUUUCAAACAAAUUAAUUAUUAAAUUUUAUUUAAUAAUAAUAUACAAAACAGUUUCUACUAUAAUUUGGAUCAGUUGUAACUUGUAAAGAAUAUUAAAUAUGAUGAUAAUACAUCAA